AUGGGGCGCUUUCCGUCUCCCACCGCGAGCGAUUCUCUAAGGUCCAGCAUCGUCCAGUACAAAUGGCGCCACGGGCGUCGGUAUCACGCCUACCACGAGGGGCAGUACAAUUUUCCCAACGAUGAUGAGGAGCAAGAUCGCCUUGACAUGAUCCACCACGUCUUCUACCGCAUCAUCGGUGACAGGCUGUUUCUUGCUCCCUUCAAACCCAACGGAAAGCGCAUCCUCGAUCUCGGAACCGGAACCGGAAUCUGGCCGAUCCAGCUCGGAGACGACCCAAUACAGCCUCAGUGGGCCCCGCCGAACGUCAAAUUCCUCGUGGACGACGUCGAGCUGGACUGGGUGGAACCCGAGCCGUACGACUAUAUCCACUGCAAAUACAUGGCUGGGUCCAUCAAGGACUGGCCACGCCUUGUGCGGCAGAUCUACGACAACCUGGAGCCCGGUGGCUGGUUCGAGUUCGUGGAAUCCGCCAACACCCUGCUCUCCGAGGACGGCUCCCUCAAGCCCGACAACGCGAUGGUGACCAUGAUGAACAGCCUCAUGGAGGCGUGCGAGAAGAUCGGGCGCACCAUGGAUCCCGCCCCCAACAUGAAGGGCUGGGUAGAGCAGGCCGGCUUCGAGAACGUCACCCAGCAGACCUUUAAACUUCCCAUCGGCAGCUGGCCGAAGGACCCGAUACUGAAGGAGUGCGGCACGCUGAUGCGGAUCAACUUCCUUGACGGCGUUGAAGGAUCCACCGCCGCCCUGUUCAGGGACGUCUUGGAGUGGAGCCAGGAGGAGGUGACCGUUCUCAACGCCCAGGUCAGAGCUGCAGUCAGGGAUAGGGAUGUGCACCCAAUGUUCAAUGUUCUUGUUGUCACCGGGCAGAAGCCGUCCUGA